GUUACUUGAAGUAAUUAUAGGCCAAUUUUACUAUGUUAAAAUGUUACUAGAAACAUUAUCAAGUCCUAGGUGGUGACCUAUUUAUUAAAACAGAAUUGUUCCAAAUUUUUCCUGAUCCCCUGCGGAAUAUGGUAAGUAUUUAAUAAAUGAAAAGGAAUGCCUACCUGACCAGGAAUUAAAAGGCCCUGGACCAGCUCUAAGCAUCCUAUGUUACAGAGUUUUAGAAAAUAUACAAAGUAAUCCUUCAAAUGGAAAAAGUUGAGUUGCACAUAGAAGAUGCAUCUUACCCCAAAAAUAUUACUGACUGCAUGAUUCAGACUUUCCCAUGGUUUGGCAUGGACAUUGGGGGGACUCUAGUAAAGCUCUCCUAUUUCGAACCUAUUGAUAUCACAGCAGAGGAAGAACAAGAAGAGGUUGAGAGCUUAAAAAGUAUCCGGAAAUAUUUGACUUCUAAUGUAGCAUAUGGAUCCACUGGUAUUCGGGAUGUACACCUUGAACUGAAGGAUUUAACACUUUUUGGCCGAAGAGGGAACUUGCACUUUAUCAGAUUUCCAACCCAUGACCUGCCUACUUUUAUCCAAAUGGGAAGAGAUAAAAACUUCUCAACAUUACACACGGUGCUAUGUGCUACAGGAGGUGGUGCUUACAAAUUUGAAGAAGAUUUCCGCACAAUUGGAAACCUCCACCUGCACAAACUGGAUGAACUUGACUGCCUUGUAAAGGGCUUGCUGUAUAUAGAUUCUGUCAGUUUCAAUGGACAAGCAGAGUGCUAUUAUUUUGCUAAUGCCUCAGAACCUGAGCGAUGCCAAAAGAUGCCUUUUAACUUGGAUGAUCCCUAUCCACUGCUGAUAGUGAACAUUGGUUCAGGAGUCAGUAUUUUAGCAGUCCAUUCCAAAGACAACUAUAAACGAGUAACCGGGACAAGCCUUGGAGGAGGUACCUUUCUGGGUUUAUGCUGUCUGUUGACUGGCUGUGAAAGUUUUGAAGAGGCUCUUGAAAUGGCAUCCAAAGGUGACAGCACCCAAGCCGACAAACUGGUCCGUGAUAUUUAUGGAGGAGAUUAUGAAAGAUUUCGUCUGCCAGGUUGGGCUGUAGCAUCUAGUUUUGGGAAUAUGAUUUAUAAGGAGAAGCGAGAAUCUGUUAGUAAAGAAGAUCUAGCAAGAGCAACUUUAGUUACUAUCACCAAUAACAUUGGGUCUGUGGCACGAAUGUGUGCUGUUAAUGAGAAAAUAAACAGAGUUGUCUUUGUCGGAAACUUUUUACGUGUCAAUACUCUCUCAAUGAAACUUUUGGCAUAUGCACUGGAUUAUUGGUCAAAAGGUCAACUGAAAGCAUUGUUUCUAGAACACGAGGGAUACUUUGGAGCAGUUGGUGCACUUCUUGGGCUGCCAAAUUUCAGCUAAAAAGCAUCCGGUUUCUCUCUGCUAAUAAAUGUCAUCCAAGAGGAACUGAAAACCAGAGGCAUCAUUACUGGGAACCAAAGGAUAACAGAGUAGCACUACUGCUGUUGAUUUUUAAAUGUCAGAAUGGUAAGCUGCUGAAAGUUGCCAUAUUAAAAGAGAGCUUGGUAACGUGAAGUAUUUCUAAUUGAAAUGCUUUCCCUUCUGUAUAUAACCAGUGUUAAAUCCUUAAAUGCAAUACAGCCUCUGAUUCUUGAGCUUCCUCUGAGAAGAUUUUCUAUUUAUUUUAUGUAGCCGACAUUGCAGUACUGUAUGCUCAAACACAAAUCUUAAAAGUCUCAGAAAUGUUUAGCUCCUGAAAAUAAUUGAAUCUGAAUAAGUGUGUUCUAUGUGUUUUGGUUCCUAGUAAGUGGACAGUAACAUACUCUGUAUCAAACUUAUUGAAAUGGCUAUCAAAGAUGAUCAUUUUUAUGUGAUUUUAGAAAUGUUAAGGCAAUAUUAAUUUUUCAUUAUUGUAGUUUUGUCAGCAUUUCCCCCGGCCAAAAAAGCACGUUUAUGUGAUCUUUUCCCAGACAUACAAGCUUUUUCAAAUGGUAUAAUUUAAUUAGAAUACUAUUGUUAAAUAUUAGCCUGAAUUUUAAAAUGAAUCCUAGAAAAUGCA